UACAACUCAAUGAAAAAAAGUAACAUCCAUACUGCAUAUACUAAUGGGAAAUAAAUAAAGCAAUGCCAAAAUAUCAACGUCGUACUAGUGAGAGUUCAAGUCGAACUGCUUCGUCAGGAGAUAACACCAUUACUACUUUGUCAACCGAUCAACAGGACCUGUAUGCUACAAACUCACGGACAUAUCUGGAUUCUAGCAAUAUGAGCAAUUCAAGAUGGGAUUCUGAUGAAUUGCAUACCUUGUCAAUAUUUGACAGAUUAAAGAAAAUAUUUGAAAUGCCAAAACGUCAUGCCGAUAGUCGCAAAAGGCGAUUCGAAAGGGAUGAGGUGCAGAAGACGGAAUGUUUGCCGUUAUUUAACGGUCAAUGGACGACAUUUAAUGAAACAAUACCAAUAAUACAAAGGCAAAUGACUUUGCGACAUGACGAUGAAUGUGUUGAUAUAAAACCAGCUAGAGAACAAACCUGCAAACUAGACAAUGGCCAAUUAGUACUUCAUGGGAACUGUGCGCACAAUUACAGUGAAAAAUAUUCCAAUUCUAUGGCACAUCGAGAGAUGACAAAAGUGUACAAAUAUUGUUGUUCAAAACACUGUGAUACUCUGUUAAAAGAUAAACACGUUAAACAAUGUAAGCAAGACAUUGCUGACACAUGUCAAUAUGCAUCGAGUUAUGAAGGUGAAGAUGAAGCAGACCAAGCAAUGUAUCAAAGACAAAAUCACACAGACUCAGAGGAAUGUGUGGCCAUUGCACAGUGUGCCAACACUAAAGCUUCACAGGUUGCAGACAACAUUUACGGUAAACAAAGAAACGUUAGUGAUGAAAGUACAAAAGCAAUAACAGAACAGGAAACAACUAUUCAAAACCUCCAGACGAAACAUUCUCAACAAUUGUUUGGUCUCGAAUGUGGCAAUUUUCUAAGACUAAGCAAAAAAUACAUUAAUUUGAAAAAACUGUUUGUCGCUUUAGCAGUUGUCAAUAUCAUUCUUAUCAUAUGUGUUGUGUUAGUUUUGCCAAUUAUUCUUGUGACAUUUAGAAUGUCAUAUGAUCGAGAAGGCAAAUCAGAUAGAGACAUCAAACACCUCGUGUCGGAACAAUUAUCAUCGUCAGAGGGGAAACGGAUGGUGAGUUCGUUCAUUUAUUGUGUAUCAUGCAGCAGUUUGGAUCGAAGGCUGACCAAAUUGUUCAAGGAAUCCACAGACCACAGAUGUUGCAUAGAAAACAUUGCUAAAGCAAUCACAUUCUUCACUAAUCUUACUGAUCAGAGAACUGAAGAAUGCAAUUCAAGACUAAAUGAUUUGGAAGGCGAACAAGGCGAAUUACAAUCUCAGAUCGUUCGCUUGAAGAUGUUGUUACUCAAUAACUCUGACGUGGACAUAAACGUAGACUGGCCAAAACACCCUGGAAUACAGAAAAACAACAAACUUGUAAAUAUUCUCCUGACACGUCGACGCUCGGCAAUACAUUUAAAAGGAGUUGGUAAGGAAAGUGGUAUUGACUGGACAGCUGCUAUAACAGAAGGUAAACUGUCGUAUGAUGGUAAUGGAAUAUAUGUAGAAAAUGGAGGAAUGUAUUACAUGUACUGCAAUAUUCGAUUCAAGAAAACUGCAUGUGGAUCAAAUAGGAAAAUAGGGUAUGACGUUAAACGCAAGAGCGGUACUGGCCCUGCAGUGGUUAUUGCUUCGGUUUACAACCAUUGUUCAAAUGUAACAAACUACGAUCAGGAUCUCAUAAUACAGAGGGUUUUUAAACUGUCUGUUGGAUACAAAAGUAAAGUACUUAUUGAUAUUGGUGAGCAUGGUCAUAGACUCGUUGCUGAAGAUUACCUGCAUGCAUUUGGUGUACUUGAACUCUGAGUAAAACAACAAC